AUUGUACAGUGGAAAAAAGGGGGCCAAGAAGAGAGAGAAAAACUUCUCUGUGUCUCCAUUGUGUCUCUCUCUAGAAUGUCUCUUUCUUCUCAUCCGUGUUCCUCUGUAGCUGAGAGCGAGAGAGAGAUUUAAAAUUUAUUAUUUGAAUACUCGCACAAAUAUAUAUAUGAACUUUUCUUUGUAGAAGCACUGUUUAAUUAUAUGUUUAGUAGAGAGAGGAAGAUUGGAGAAGGAAUGGGGUGUUUCUGUUGUUAUGGAGAAUCGUCAGUCCAAAAACCAGUGGAAAGGCAAAACAACUCCACCAACAAUCAAUAUAAAGAAGAUGAUUUUGCACAGCCCAUACCAGAUGCAUCGAAGGUGAGGCCACAAAACUGUGUAAAGGAGGAGUCGAAAGUCUUAGUAAAUCAACCUGCAGUUGAAAAGGAUGCAGAUGCUAGUAAGAGGACAUCUGCUGAUGAAGAGAGCAAUGCCAUUAAAGCACGGAAAUUUACAUUUGCGGAAUUGGUGGCUGCAACAGAGAACUUCAAGUCGGAUUAUUUUUUGGGCGAGGGAGGUUUUGGAAAAGUUUAUAAAGGUCAUUUGCAGGAUAGUGGCCAGAUAGUAGCUAUCAAGCAACUGGACCGCAAUGGAUGUCAAGGGAUUAGGGAAUUUGUCGUUGAAAUGUUAACAUUAAGUAUGGCUGAUCACCCUAAUCUUGUUAAGUUAAUUGGUUAUUGUGCUGAGGGAGAUCAGAGGCUGUUGGUCUAUGAGUACAUGCCGCUGGGUUCAUUGGAGGACCAUUUACAUGACCUUCGACCCAAUAAAGAACCACUUGAUUGGAAUACACGAAUGAAGAUAGCAGCUGGUGCAGCUAAAGGCCUAGAGUAUCUGCACGACAAGAUGAAACCGCCUGUCAUAUAUCGGGAUCUGAAAUGCUCCAACAUUUUGCUUGGUGAGGGAUAUCAUCCCAAGCUAUCUGAUUUUGGUUUGGCAAAAGUGGGUCCUUCUGGAGAUCAAACUCACGUUUCCACCAGAGUGAUGGGAACUUAUGGAUACUGUGCACCAGAUUAUGCAAUGACUGGCCAACUGACAUUCAAAUCGGAUAUUUACAGCUUUGGGGUUGUUCUUUUGGAGAUCAUCACGGGCAGAAAAGCAAUUGACGAAACAAGAGAAGGCACUGCGAAAAAUCUGGUUGCAUGGGCCCGACCAUUGUUCAAGGACCGAAAGAAAUUCUACAAAAUGGCGGAUCCAGCACUCAAUGGACAAUAUCCUGUGAGAGGCUUGUACCAAGCCCUUGCAAUCGCUGCUAUGUGCGUCCAGGAGCAACCUAACACGCGGCCGCUCAUUGUUGACAUUGUUUCAGCAUUGAAUUACCUAGCCUCCCAGUCAUAUGAUCCUAAUAUCCAUCAAUCCCAAAUUCAAAUUCCACGGAGCCCGUCUUCUCAUAUGUUUAAAGGAGACAAGCAGCAAGAACCUUUUAGUGGUGACUAAUAUACCUGUUUAUCAGAAUUUGCACCUCACAUGAUAACAGGUGCUGCUUCAUACCAUUACAUUACUACUACUGCAGAGAUAAUGCCUUUAUGUGCACAUAUUCUUCCGUAAAUGACAGAUUAUGUUAAUAUUCUAAUGCAUGUUACUUUUCUUGCUACGACGAUAAGUAUACUAAUUGAUAUACUUUUAAUUUUUUAAACAAUCCAGAAGUCGGUUGAAUAGGUUGUCUGGAUUGUUUUAGCCAAUUUUAUAAUUUUGAGAACUUUUUCUUCAGAGAUUGAGCAUUAAUAUUGCUAUACUGAUCACACACACACACUUGAAAGACUCAACGUGCCCUUGAGUCAGUGCCAAGACUGUCAUUGCUUACUACUUAACAUGACUUUUGCAUGGACUUUAAUCUAGUAAUCAUGCUACAUGUACAUCAUAUUUUACAUUUUUUUUUAACAUUGUGUCACGUGGCAGCACACUAUUGGACAGUUUAAAAAACAAACAGUUUUUUCAACAAUCAAAAUUUUCCAACUCAGGAGAUGUCAAGGAUGACGUACACUUUUGGUGUACAAAUGAAUUUUCCCUUAAUCUGGAGUACCUUACGCAACCAAUGCUCCCUGUGGUGUAACAUUGCUUAUCGAAGAAAAUCUACGAAAUUGUUUUUUCUAUUGAUCCUGAAAUUGUUGCCUAUUAAUUAGUGUCAUAAUGAUUCAGUUCAUAUGCCUGUUGAUCAUAUUCUCCAUUUUCAUCUUGCAACCAAACAGUGAAUCUUUAUAUAAUGAAAGUUGAGAGCUCCUUGCCGAUGAAUAUUGUAGGGACAAAUAUUCUAAUGGGAGUAUUUUGCUUUGUUUCAUGUUGCUA